GUCAAACGCUCGGUGUGUUGCUGCGGCGUAUGAUGUCACUCCCUCGCGAAAAGAGUAUUAUAUUGCUCCGCCGCCACCACCAGCUAUUUCAUUCGGGGAGGUUGCCACCCGUUUCGUUCCAGUCCUAGUAAGCAGAGAAACUACACUGAAGAGCAGAAGAUGGAUGCCAGUGGGGUGAAAGUCCUGGAGACGGCCGAUGACAUCCAGGAGCGCCGGCAGCAGGUCCUGGACCGGUACCGGCGCUUCAAGGAGCUGUCGACCGUGCGCCGGCAGAAGCUGGAGGACUCGUACCGCUUCCAGUUCUUCCGCCGGGACGCCGACGAGCUGGAGAAAUGGAUCCUCGAGAAGCUGCAGAUCGCUUCCGAUGAAAACUACAAGGACCCCAGUAACCUGCAGGGAAAGCUCCAGAAACACCAGGCUUUCGAGGCAGAGGUGCAGGCCAACUCUGGGGCCAUCAUCAAACUGGACGAGACGGGCAACGUCAUGAUCUCUGAGGGCCACUUCGCAUCCGAAACCAUCCGGACGCGUCUGGAGGAGCUGCACCACCUGUGGGACCAGCUGCUGCAGAAGACCAAGGAGAAGGGUGUGCGUCUGCUGCAGGCCCAGAAGCUGGUGCAGUACCUGCGCGAGUGUGAGGACGCCCUCGACUGGAUCAGUGACAAGGAAGCCAUCGUCACCUCCGAGGAGCUGGGCCAGGAUCUGGAGCACGUCCAGGUGCUGCAGAAGAAGUUCGAGGAGUUCCAGACCGACCUGGCAGCGCACGAGGAGCGCGUGAACGACGUCAACCAGACGGCGGGCAAGCUGACCCAGGACUCCCACCCCGAGACCGAGCUGAUCCUGCGCAAGCAGGAGGAGGUCAACAACGCAUGGCAGCGGCUCAAGGGCCUGGCCCAGCAGAGGCAGGGCAAGCUGUUCGGUGCCGCCGAGGUGCAGCGCUUCAACAGGGACGUGGACGAGACCAUCAGCUGGAUCAAGGAGAAGGAGCAGCUGAUGGCGUCGGACGAUUUCGGGCGAGACCUGGCCAGCGUUCAGGCACUGCUGCGCAAACACGAGGGCCUGGAGAGAGACCUGGCGGCCCUGGAGGACAAGGUGAACACUCUUGGCGGCGAGGCCGAGCGCCUGCAGCAGACGCACCCCCAGAACGCCUCGCAGAUCCACCUGAAGCGCGACGAGCUCAUCACCAACUGGGAGCAGAUCCGCACGCUGGCCGCUGAGCGCCACGCCCGCCUCAACGACUCCUACAGACUGCAGCGCUUCACUGCUGACUUCCGUGACCUGACCAGCUGGGUGACUGAGAUGAAGGCCCUGAUCAACGCUGACGAGCUGGCCAACGACGUGGCCGGAGCUGAGGCGCUGCUUGACCGCCACCAGGAGCACAAGGGAGAGAUCGAUGCUCAUGAAGACAGCUUCAAGGCCACCGAUGAAGCUGGCCAGGCUUUGCUUAACACCGGACACUAUGCCUCAGAGGAAGUCAAGGAGAAGCUGGGCAUCCUGUCUGAGGAGAAGGAGUCUCUGCUGGAGCUGUGGGAGCUGCGUAGGCAGCAGUAUGAGCAGUGCAUGGACCUGCAGCUCUUCUACAGGGACACCGAGCAGGUCGACAACUGGAUGAGCAAACAGGAGGCCUUCCUGUUGAAUGAGGACCUGGGCGACUCCCUGGACAGUGUGGAGGCUCUGCUGAAGAAGCACGAGGACUUUGAGAAGUCCCUCAGCGCCCAGGAGGAGAAGAUCACCGCCCUCGAUGAGUUCGCCACCAAGCUGAUCCAGAACAACCAUUACGCCAAGGAGGAUGUGGCUACUCGCCGAGAUGCUCUGCUGAGUCGACGCAACGCCCUCCAUGAGCGUGCUCAGUCUCGCCGUGCUGCGCUGGAAGACUCCUUCCACCUGCAGCAGUUCUUCCGCGACUCUGACGAGCUCAAGAGCUGGAUCAACGAGAAGAUGAAGACCGCCACUGACGAGGCCUACAAGGACCCCUCCAACCUGCAGGGUAAAGUGCAGAAGCACCAGGCUUUCGAGGCCGAGCUCUCAGCCAACCAGAGCCGCAUCGACGCCCUGCAGAAGUCUGGCCAGGAACUGCUCGACGGCAACCACUACGCCUCGGGCGAGGUGUCCACCCGCAUGGACGAGGUCAGCUCCCAGUGGAAGAAGCUUCUGGAAGCCACCGAGCUCAAAGGCAUCAAGCUGCGUGAGGCUAACCAGCAGCAGCAGUUCAACCGCAACGUGGAGGACAUCGAGCUGUGGCUGUACGAGGUGGAGGGCCACCUGGCCUCCGACGACUACGGCAAAGACCUGACCAGCGUGCAGAACCUGCAGAAGAAGCAUGCUCUGCUGGAGGCUGACGUCGCUGCCCACCAGGACCGCAUUGACGGCAUCACCAUCCAGGCCCGUCAGUUCCAAGAGGCCGGCCACUUUGACGCCGACAACAUCUGCAAGAAACAGGAAGCCCUGGUGGCGCGCUACGAGGCCCUGAAGGAGCCCAUGGCCGCCCGCAAGCAGAAGCUCUCCGACUCGCUGCGCCUGCAGCAGCUCUUCAGGGACGUGGAGGACGAGGAGACCUGGAUCCGCGAGAAGGAGCCCAUCGCCGCCUCCACCAACAGAGGCAAAGACCUGAUUGGAGUGCAGAACCUGCUGAAGAAGCACCAGGCCCUUCAGGCUGAGAUUGCUGGACACGAGCCUCGCAUCAAGGCAGUCUCCCAGAAGGGCGAAGCCAUGGUGGAGGAAGGCCACUUUGCUGGUGAGGAGGUGAAGGCGAAGCUGGGUGAGCUGAACGGCCGCUGGGACACUCUGAAGGGCAAGGCUGGCCAGCGCCGCCAGGACCUGGAGGACUCCCUGCAGGCACAGCAGUACUUUGCCGACGCCAACGAGGCCGAGUCCUGGAUGAGGGAGAAGGAGCCCAUCGUGGGGAGCCCCGACUACGGCAAAGACGAGGACUCUGCUGAGGCUCUGCUGAAGAAGCACGAGGCUCUGAUGUCUGAUCUGAGUGCCUACGGCAGCAGCAUCCAGUCCCUCAAGGAGCAGGCAACGGCCUGCAGGCAACAAGUGGCGCCCACCGAUGAUGAGACCGGUAAGGAGCUGGUGCUGGCCCUCUAUGACUACCAGGAGAAGAGCCCACGCGAGGUCACCAUGAAGAAGGGAGACAUCCUCACCCUCCUCAACAGCACCAACAAGGACUGGUGGAAAGUGGAGGUGAAUGACCGUCAGGGCUUUGUGCCCGCGGCCUACGUGAAGAAGCUGGACCCCACCCAGUCGUCCUCUCGCGAGAACCUGCUCGACGAACAGGGCAGCAUCGGCCUGCGCCAGGAUCAGAUUGAGAACCAAACGCUGGUCACCAAGGAGGCGUGCAGUGUGUCUGUACGCAUGAAGCAGGUGGAGGACUUGUACGGCACCCUGCUGGAGCUGGGCGAGAAGAGGAAGGACAUGCUGGAGAAGAGCUGCAAGAAGUUCAUGCUGUUCCGCGAGGCCAACGAGCUGCAGCAGUGGAUCAACGAGAAGGAGGGCGCCCUCACCAACGAGGAGGUGGGCUCCGACCUGGAGCAGGUGGAGGUGCUGCAGAAGAAGUUUGACGACUUCCAGAAGGACUUGAAGGCCAAUGAGUCUCGUCUGAGGGACAUCAACAAGGUGGCGUCUGAGCUGGAGUCUGAGGGCCUGAUGGCCGAGGAGGCUCCUGUGGUGCAGGCCCAGCAACAAGAGAUGCUGGCCUCAGCACCUGGCCAGGAUGAAGCGGACUCUAAGAAUGCCUCCCCAUGGAAGUCUGUUCGCUUGGCUGUCCAAACGACGGCUAACUUUAAUACCAUUAAGGAGCUGAAUAACCGCUGGAGGGCUCUGCAGCAGCUGGCCGAGGAGAGGAGUAACAUGCUGGGCAGCGCUCACGAGGUGCAGAGGUUCCACAGGGAUGCUGAUGAGACUAAGGAGUGGAUUGAGGAGAAGAACCAGGCUCUGAACACCGAUAACUACGGCCACGACCUGGCCAGCGUACAGGCCCUGCAGCGCAAACAUGAGGGCUUCGAGAGAGACCUGGCCGCCCUGGGAGACAAGGUGAACUCUCUGGGCGAGACCGCUGAGCGUCUGAUCCAGUCCCACCCAGAGGCGGUGGACGACAUCAAGGAGAAGUGCACGGAGCUCAACACGGCCUGGAGCAGUCUGGUGGGCCGUGCUGACCAGCGCAAGGACAAGCUGGGCAACUCCCACGACCUGCAGCGCUUCCUCAGCGACUUCAAAGACCUGAUGUCCUGGAUCAACGGCAUCAGGGGGCUGGUGUCCUCAGACGAGCUGGCCAAGGACGUGACCGGAGCUGAGGCCCUGCUGGAGAGACACCAGGAGCACCGCACUGAGAUCGACGCCCGAGCGGGCACCUUCCAGGCCUUUGAGCAGUUUGGGCAGCAGCUGCUGGCCCGUGGCCACUACGCCAGCCCCGAGAUUCAGCAGAAGCUGGAGGCGCUGGACCGCGAGCGCGCCGACCUGGAGAAGGCCUGGGUGCAGCGCAGGAUGAUGCUGGACCAGUGCCUGGAGCUGCAGUUGUUCAACAGGGACUGUGAGCAGGCUGAGAACUGGAUGGCGGCUCGUGAGGCCUUCCUUGCCAGCGACGACAAGGGAGACUCCCUGGACAGCGUGGAGGCCCUCAUCAAGAAGCACGAGGACUUCGACAAGGCCAUCAAUGUCCAGGAGGAGAAGAUUGCUGCCCUGCAGUCUUUUGCCGACCAGCUGAUUGGAGCUGACCACUACGCCAAGCCUGAAAUCACCGACCGUCGUAACGAGGUGUUGGACAGAUGGCGCCGCCUGAAGGCCCAGAUGAUUGAGAAGCGCUCCAAGCUGGGCGAGUCCCAGACCCUGCAGCAGUUCAGCCGUGACGUGGACGAGAUCGAGGCCUGGAUCAGCGAGAAGCUGCAGACCGCUUCUGACGAGUCCUACAAGGACCCCACCAACAUCCAGCUGUCCAAGCUGCUGAGCAAGCACCAGAAGCACCAGGCCUUCGAGGCUGAGCUGCACGCCAACGCCGACCGUAUCCGCGGCGUGAUCGACACCGGCAACGCUCUCAUCCAGAGAGGCGCCUGUGCUGGUAGUGAGGAUGCCGUCAAGGCCCGUCUCAAUGCCCUGGACGAGCAGUGGCAGUUCCUGGUGAACAAGUCUGCUGAGAAGAGCCAGAAGCUGAAGGAGGCCAACAAGCAGCAGAACUUUAACACCGGCAUCAAGGACUUUGACUUCUGGCUGUCAGAGGUCGAGGCUCUUCUGGCCUCAGAGGAUUACGGCAAAGACCUGGCCUCUGUCAACAACCUGCUGAAGAAGCACCAGCUGCUGGAGGCUGACAUUUCUGCUCAUGAGGACCGUCUGAAGGAUCUGAAUGGCCAGGCCGACAGCCUGAUGGGCAGCAACGCCUUCGACACCACACAGGUCAAGGACAAGCGCGACGCCGUCAACGGCCGCUUUGGCAAGAUCAAGAGCAUGGCUGCAGGGCGCCGCGCCAAGCUCAACGAGUCGCACCGCCUGCACCAGUUCUUUAGGGACCUGGACGAUGAGGAGUCAUGGAUCAAAGAAAAGAAAUUGUUAGUAAGUUCGGAGGACUACGGACGUGAUUUGACAGGAGUGCAGAAUCUGAGGAAGAAACACAAGAGGCUGGAGGCUGAGCUUGGUGCCCACGAGCCUGCCAUUCAGUCUGUGCUGGACACUGGCAAGAAGCUGUCAGAUGACAACACUAUUGGCCAGGAGGAGAUCCAGCAGAGGCUGGCCCAGUUUGUGGAGCACUGGAAGGAGCUGAAGGACUUGGCUGCUGCCCGUGGGCAGAGACUGGAGGAGUCGCUGGAGUACCAGCAGUUUGUUGCGAAUGUGGAAGAAGAGGAAGCGUGGAUUAAUGAGAAGCUGAACCUGGUUGGAAGUGAAGACUAUGGUGAUACCCUGGCUGCUGUGCAGGGCUUGUUGAAGAAGCAUGAAGCGUUUGAGACUGACUUUACUGUGCAUAGAGAUAGAGUGAAUGACGUAUGUGCCAAUGGAGACGAACUCAUCAAGAAGAACAACCAUCAUGUGGAUAACAUCACGGCUAAGAUGAAGGCCCUGAAGGGGAAGGUGGCCGAGCUGGAGAGAGCUGCCGCCCAGAGGAAGGCCAAGCUGGACGAGAACUCCGCCUUCCUGCAGUUCAACUGGAAGGCCGACGUGGUGGAGUCCUGGAUCGGUGAGAAGGAGAACAGCCUGAAGACUGAUGAUUAUGGUCGUGACCUGUCCUCAGUGCAGACCCUGCUCACCAAGCAGGAGACCUUUGAUGCCGGCCUGCAGGCCUUCCAGCAGGAGGGCAUCGCCAACAUCACCGCCCUCAAAGACCAGCUGCUGGCUGCCCAACACGUACAGUCCCGUGCCAUCGAGGCCCGCCACGCCACGCUCAUGAAGCGCUGGAACCAGCUGCUGUCCAACUCGGAGUCCCGCAAGAAGAAGCUUCUGGAAGCGCAGGAGCACUUCAGAAAGGUUGAGGACCUGUUCUUGACCUUUGCCAAGAAGGCGUCGGCGUUCAACUCGUGGUUUGAGAACGCGGAGGAGGACCUGACGGACCCCGUGCGCUGCAACUCUCUGGAGGAGAUCCGGGCGCUGCGCGACGCCCACGACGCCUUCCGCGCCUCCCUCAGCUCGGCCGAGGCCGACUUCAACCAGCUGGCCGAGCUGGACCGACAGAUCAAGAGCUACCAGGUGGUGUCCAACCCCUACACCUGGUUCACCAUGGAGGCCUUGGACGAGACCUGGAGGAACCUGCAGAAGAUCAUCAAGGAGCGAGAGCUGGAGUUGCAGAAGGAGCAGAGGCGCCAGGAGGAGAACGAUAAGCUGCGGCAGGAGUUUGCCCAGCACGCCAACGCCUUCCACCAGUGGCUACAGGAGACCAGGACAUACCUUCUGGAUGGGUCCUGCAUGGUGGAAGAAUCCGGAACACUGGAGUCACAGCUGGAGGCCACAAAGCGUAAGCACCAGGAGAUCCGUGCCAUGCGCAGCCAGCUGAAGAAGAUCGAGGACCUGGGGGCGGCCAUGGAGGAGGCGCUCAUCCUGGACAACAAGUACACGGAACACAGCACGGUGGGGCUCGCGCAGCAGUGGGACCAACUGGACCAGCUGGGCAUGAGGAUGCAGCACAACCUGGAACAGCAGAUCCAGGCCAGAAACACAACCGGUGUAACAGAAGAAGCUCUGAAGGAGUUCAGUAUGAUGUUCAAGCACUUCGACAAGGAGAAGUCCGGCCGUCUGAACCACCAGGAGUUCAAGUCGUGCUUACGUUCCCUCGGUUACGACCUUCCCAUGGUGGAAGAAGGAGAACCGGAUCCCGAGUUUGAAUCCAUCUUGGACACCGUGGAUCCCAACAGGGAUGGCAACGUGUCCUUGCAGGAGUACAUGGCCUUCAUGAUCAGUCGCGAGACAGAGAACGUCAAGUCCAGCGAAGAGAUCGAAAGCGCCUUCCGUGCUCUCAGCGCGGAGAACAAACCUUUCGUCACCAAGGAAGAACUCUACCAGAACCUGACCAAGGAACAGGCAGAUUACUGCAUUUCCCACAUGAAGCCUUACCUGGACAGCAAGGGCCGAGAACUGCCGUCCGCCUUCGACUUCGUGGAAUUCACUCGCUCGCUUUUCGUCAAUUGAUCUCCCCGCCCCCCCUGCCUGCCAGUGACCAAUCGGGAUGUGUUUAUCGCACCACGCGCACCAAUCAAUACAAAGCUGAACUGCAUGAUUCCAACACUAGAGUUCUCUAUAGCACUCAGUAUCUGUAUCUAGCUUAUCUUAAACUAUUUAUCUCUCACACUCUUUGUGCUUCACUGACAACAAUAGUGUAGUGGAUCUGUCUGCAUUUUCCUUGUGGUUGUUUUUAGCUGUUAAAGUGCUUUGCUUGAUUUUAACAAACUAUAGAGAGAUGGUAUGCUGUAACAUCACCUGUGAGACUGCAGUGUGCAUUAAUAAACGCUACUGGUUAGAACUGGUAAA